AUGAAUAAUUAUCAUUAUUUAUUCAAGUUCAUUAUUGUAGGAGAAUCAAGUAGUUGAAUGUAUAUUAAAUUAGCUGUUGGAAAAAGUUGUUUAUUAUUAUAAUACACAGAAGGAAGAUUCUAAGUAGGGUAUGAUGCUACAAUUGGAGUUGAAUAUGGAUCUAAAGAAAUAAUCUAUGAUAAUAAACUAAUCAAGUUAUAACUUUGGGAUACGGUAUAAUAUAAUAAUAUUCAGGCAGGCUAAGAAUCUUUUCGCUCUAUAACUAGAGCAUAUUACAGAGGGUAUUUAAAGGCUAUAAAUAUGUUUAGAUCAAUUGGUUGUUUUUUGGUUUAUGAUAUCACAAGGAGAAUAACAUUUGAUAGAAUUUAAUCAUGGGUUAAAGAUGUGAAAUAAGACACUAAUAACAAAAUUGAAUUUUUGUUGGUAGGAAACAAAUGUGAUUUAAAAGAUCGAAAAGUUAGUUAUGAUGAAGGAAGACAAUUAUCAAUUUAAUUAGGAUGUGAAUUUUAAGAGACAUCAGCAAAAACUGGAGAAAAUGUAGAAUUUAUAUUUGAAUGUUUGACAAAGAAUAUAUAUGAGAAUAUAAAAUCUAAUAAAAUUGAUCCUAAUGAUCCAAAUCAUGGAAUUAAAAUUGGAAAAAUAGGAUAAAAUGAAAAGGUUACAGAAAUUCCUAAGAAGAAACAGAGAAGUAUUUGUUGCUGA